CGGUUUACUAUCAUGUGACUUUUGGCGUAAACAGGAAGCAGCUGAUCCUCUGACUUCACUGCCUGCUUUACCAAGUAAUGUAUACAACUGUAUUCUUGAAGACAAAUGACAACUAUAGUCUAAAGUUACUUGAAAAUAAGUAACCGUUCUACACUUUCGGGCAGGAGAGGAAGAGGAGAGUUGCAGCAGACACACUCUGAAGUCAUCUGACCUGCAGCUCAGACAAAUACUCAUCAUCGUGUCUGCUGAGGGGGAUGUCAAGCACAGCAAUGAAGAAAAAGGUGCUAUUGAUGGGGAAAAGUGGGUCUGGAAAGACCAGUAUGAGAUCAAUCAUCUUUGCCAACUACAUAGCUCGAGACACACGUCGCCUUGGAGCUACAAUUGAUGUGGAACACUCCCAUGUACGUUUUCUUGGCAAUCUGGUUCUAAACCUGUGGGACUGUGGAGGACAGGACACGUUCAUGGAGAAUUACUUUACCAGCCAGAGGGACAACAUCUUCAGAAAUGUAGAAGUUCUUAUAUACGUGUUUGAUGUUGAGAGUCGUGAGCUGGAGAAAGACAUGCACUACUACCAGUCAUGUCUGGAAGCUAUCCUUCAGAACUCCCCCGAUGCCAAAGUGUUCUGUCUCGUUCACAAAAUGGACCUGGUGCAGGAAGACCAGAGAGAUUUGAUCUUUAAGGAGCGUGAAGAAGACCUGAAGAGACUGUCCAGGCCUUUGGCUUGUACAUGCUUCAGGACAUCGAUCUGGGAUGAAACCCUGUAUAAGGCCUGGUCCAGCAUAGUGUAUCAGCUCAUCCCAAACGUCCAGCAGCUGGAGACAAACCUGAGGAAUUUUGCACAGAUCAUAGAAGCAGAUGAAGUUCUUCUGUUUGAGAGAGCCACCUUCCUGGUCAUCUCACACUAUCAGUGCAAAGAGCAGCGUGAUGCUCACAGGUUCGAGAAGAUCAGUAACAUUAUCAAACAGUUCAAACUCAGCUGUAGUAAACUCGCAGCCUCUUUCCAGAGCAUGGAAGUAAGGAACUCCAACUUUGCGGCCUUCAUUGACGUCUUCACGUCCAACACAUAUGUCAUGGUCAUCAUGUCGGACCCCUCCAUCCCAUCUGCAGCCACCCUCAUCAAUAUCCGCAAUGCUAGGAAACACUUUGAGAAGUUGGAGCGGGUGGAUGGACCCAAGCACAGCCUCCACAUGCGAAUGCGCUAGCCCACGCAUGUGUCCCUGCGGAUUCUCUCAGCCAAUCAGUACACAGACCGCAGGCCGGCAUGUUGCGGUGCCCCAGCUCCGCCGUGCACUGUUUCCUCUGUAUCUUCACAUUCAAUCACCGUUAUUACAGGAGAAAUCAUAUUUUCUUUUGGUCUAAUUUCUACAGUGAUUAUAAGUAUCAUGAUGAGCGAUACAGUCUGUUUCAAUAUUUGUUCUAACUUUACACAUUUAAGAGUUUAAGAGUUUACUUUGAUGACGAGCAGAAGAUACUGUUUGAUUCUCAAAUGAGGUUUGUAAGCUGUUACAAACAAUAUAGUUAUAUUCAAAAACA